AGUGGAUUGUAAGAGAAUCGAAUCGUCGAACAAGUAACGUACGAAUUGAACACGAUUGUUUCACGAGAGGAACAGCUGGGACCGUUUUGCUCUUUCCUAUUUUUUUUUCUGUUUUCUCUCUGUUCUUCUUCUCUCACGAUCGAGUUUUCAAAAGCGUUGGCUGGUCGAAACUAACUGCAGUCGGACGAUAAACCUCGGGGGAGGGAACGAAGUUCCCGUUCGAUUCGGAAGGGUUGACGGAUUGACCGCAUCCUGAUUAACGAAACCUCUUAUUUCUACUUUUAGACUUGCUUUAUUGCUCCCGCGUUACCAUUCGUUCGUACGUUUGACCAUUUUAUUUCUAUUUUUAUAAGCUUUCAGCGCAUCACGAGGUUGUUCGUCGAACGCAAAUCGCUGGUAAUUUGGUCCAUCGAUUUCGAGCAGCGAGAAAAGAGGGUAAACAGGGUGAAAAGAGAAAGAAGGCGUCGUCGUUGUUUGUUAAGCUCCGAAACGGCGUACAUUCUCGGGGCUAUUAUCGAUUUAUUUAUUUCGAUCGAUCGUUUCAUUUGGUUGACACGGACGCCAGCGUAGGAAGGAUUCCGGCACGAUCGAAGAAGGGAAACGAUGAACAGCUAAUUGAAACGAUCCGCUCGAAAGGUGCCCGAUCGUUAAGUAUCGAAUGGUAGAUCGCUGUCGAAUGUGAAACUACUUUUGAAGUGGACACCGGAGCAAAGGGAGAAAAGAAAGAAGCAAAAAAAAAAAAAAAGGAUCGUUAGAGAAAGCAGAAGUGAAAAAGAGAGGGAAGCAAAGGGGGAGGCGAGAGAAGGCAAGAGGGAAAGCGAAGAAGAAAGAGGGUGUAGCGAGCUUGCGCGACGUUCGACCCGAAUCUCUCGUCGAACGUUAAGCUAGCCAGCCAACCAGCCAGCCCAUCCAGCUAUCCAGCUAUCCAACCAUCCAGUUAGCCAGCUAGUCAACUGGACAACUUGGAUUUAACCGUGUUCCAAGCUUUCCAGCCAGCCAUCGAUGGAAGCUCAGCUACCUUGUAACCGUUACAGGUGGACGGUGAAAAAGAACGAGCGAUGCUAAGGAGAGAAAUUGAUAGAUCGGAUUGAGGCUUCGCGGAGACCGAAGUGGACCACCUACCUUGGAAUGGUUAUACCGGUGCUGUCGACCACUUGGGGCUGGGGAUUCUUUCUUCUCUUCUUCUUCAUCUUCACCAGCCCCAGUCCUGCCGCCAUCCGUAGAGCUGAUCGAGAUCACUGCAAUAAAACGGUAGAGAUAUACGAGGAUGUAUCGAGCCCGGCUGUGACCGCGGCGAAUUGGGGGAAACCUCUGUCCUGUUGGUACCGUUUUCGAGCGUUUCGCGGAACACCGCGAGAUUGGAUUCUACGAGUACGUUUUAAAAAGUUUAAGGUCGGCGUGCUGGAAAAUGCGACCACGUGCAUCGGCGGUUACCUGCAGAUCGUAGAUGGGAACACGAAAACGGAGGUGAGCAACCGGAAGGAUCCGGGAGUGUAUUGCGGGGAAUCGGAACAACCGCAGACGUUCAUCUCGGAAACGAGUUUCGUUCGAGUGAUAUUUCACGCGGACAACUUUACCGAUCAAACGUACUUUAGCUUCGAUUCACGAGCGGAACAACAGUACGAAGUGUAUUUGAGGUAUGGCCAACAUCCGGAGCUUUAUCCGAAUCGGAGGGGCGAGAUCGUGCCCGGAAGCUAUUGCGAGCGAGUGUUCAAAGAUUGCCGGCUGCAAACGUGUUACGUACAGAGCCCGGCUUAUCCGGGCAUUUACCCGCGCGCGUUGCACUGCAAGUACCGCUUGAACACGCGGUUACCAUUUAUAAAACUGUACAUCGAGAACGAAGAGUUCAACAUCGACGGGCAGAGAUGCGAGAACAUAAUGACCUGCCCGAUGAGACCGAUAAGCUCCGGAUCGGAGCACUGCCCGUACGAUUACAUACGCGUGUACGACGGGAAGGACGAGAACAGUCCGGCGAUCGGCACCUUCUGCGGCAUGGGUAAAUUCCCGUACAGCAUAAUCGGCACCAGCGAGGAUCUCUACGUGGAGUUUGUCUCGUCGCCGGCCGGGCCACUCUUGAACACCGGCUUUCACUUCAACGUAGGAAAUUGGCCCGGUCACGUGAAGACCGCGGGCGUUCGAAACGGCAGUUGCGACUGGUUGCUGAACAGCGAACCCCUGCGGAACGGUACCGAGGGUAUAUUCCUUUCGGUCGCUCAUUGGUAUCCACCGCACACCAGCUGCACCUAUCUUCUGAAGGGUCGACCAGGAGAAAUCGCCAGGCUCUACUUUCCCAGUUUCCGGGUGAAUCGUAUCGAGUCACCGAUACAACCGUACGACGGCGAUUGCGGCGAAAGUCUGACACUGUACGAUGCCGAUUGGCCGGACGACGCGAAGAUCAUCAAAACAUUCUGCGACACCUUCAGCAAACCAAUGGAGAAGCACGAUUUCGUAUCGAGCUCGAACGCUUUGUUCGUUAAGUUUGAGAGUAAAACUGGAAGUUAUUCCGGUAGCUCGCUUUAUUACUGGGCCCACUACGAUUUCUUCAAUGCGACGAGGUUCGGCGUGCCCGUGCCUGGAACGGAAUGCGACGAGACAUUUGCUUCGUGGAAAGGGCGAUCGGGCCGCCUCCGAUCGCCGCUAAACACUCUUGUUUACAAGCGACCAGGCGAUCCACCGGCCGAUCUUUCUUGUACCUAUACUUUCAUCACGGAUAAACGAUUGUACGCUCGAGUCAUUCUCACUAUCGAAUCGGUCUCCUUUAAGGAACAUCCGUACGCGCAGUGCGGUCAUUGUUGGGACAGUCGAGUGGAUCGAUUGAUCAUUAAAGAACCGAUCGUCGCGGAUACGAUGGAUCAACAGCAACCGCAGGAACAACGUCAGCAAUCGCAGCAGCAGCAGCAGCAGCAGCAGCAGCAGCAACAGCAGCAAAGGAAUAUGAGUAUCGGUAGAGGUCACUGUAUUUGUCGAUCAACGCCGACAGCAGGCGAAGCGAACCCCGAAGGUCAACAAUCGGUGCUUCGAAUCGUGUCGCGAGGGGAACGGCUCGAAUUGAAACUUCUGGUGGAUGGUGCCCACGCUGCGGUCAGUUAUUUUAAACAAUCGACGCCGUUGUUCGAGGCUAGAUACGAAUUUGCCCAUAGCCCGUUGUGCGGACCGGCGAUUCUGCCCGCCACCACCGACGGCGAGAUCGAAUUCCCUCAUUACGAGGCUCUCGGAUACGUGACUCCGCCUCGAUCGAUCAAAUGCAUCUGGGAACUGCGGGUACACCGAGACAGAGACGUCUGGCUGCACUUUGACAAGAUCAAAUUCGCCUCGCGAUCCUGCGAGGACGGGAAACUGGAGAUCUUUUUGCCCGGUAAUAGCGAACCGUUCAUCGGUAUAUGCGGCGAGAACGUUAGUUACGUUAGAGAGAUGCCUAGAAUAUCAGCGGCACAGAUCGCACCCCCGGGAUUAAACGCCGGUGAUCGUAACUCUGGGACGAACAGAGAACCGAUUCUCGCGCAGACCAAUCAGCAGCAACCGGUGUCGCCGUCGCCCUCCUCGACGGAUCAGCAACAGGAAGAGUACGACGGUUGGCCGACGGUGAUAAUUCAGUUCACCGGCUCGAUGGCUCCUGCGAGGACCGCAUUCAAGAUCGCUUGGACAGAGUUGUAUCACUUACCGCGGGACGCCUCGGGAGCUUUGAACACGCAGAAGCUCGACGAGUAUUGCGGAUUUCAGUGUCCGGGUGAUGCCGGUUGCAUUCCAGCCCGAUUGCUUUGCAACGGCGUGGUCAAUUGCCCGUUGCCGGAAUCUAGGUCCGUGUUCCGGAACUCGUACAACGGUAGCGGCUCGCUGACCAUCGCUGAGGAACCGAACGACGAGUCUCCGGAAUUGUGCGGAGACGAUGCUCUCGGUAACCGCGGUAACGUGGAUGGAUCUGGAAACGGUGUCGGAAAUUUGGCCAGCGUAGUUGGUUCCGCUGGUUGGGCGGGUGCCGGAUUAGGCGCCGGUCUGGCCAUACUUGUCGCUCUAAUUUGUUUGAUCACCGUUUGCAAGAUUUGUCGACGACGGGCUACCCCGAGAGACAUCCACGUACCUUACUGACACGUAUACAAAUUCAGAUUCAAAUACGGACACCAGUUCGCUCUCUUUACUUUCGCAAGUGUGAUCGACGGAUGUAGCGGGUUUCGUACGUGUAAUGGUAAUCGCGCUACGACCGUUUCGUUCUUCUCGUUCGUCGGCGGGAAACGAAGAAUAGCGGGAAAAUUAGUUGAACGACUGAUUAAAUAGGUAUAGAUAGGUAAGAUAGGUUUACGCGCAUCGUCGAUCGACGAACUCUCGUCGUCGCGUGUGCGUAGUGAUGCAAUCCGCAGAUCGUAGGUGAUAGGGUGAGAAUUUCGAAACUAGAUACAACAAGUAAAAUACAAUCGUUCGCCGGUAAACGCGGUGGUAAAGGGGUAAGGUAUAAUAGUAGGAACACGGGUCCGUGUGAUUCGAUUUAUCUACGCACGUUUGAUCGAUGUAAACGGUGAUUCGUCAACUUGUACGCAAUGUAGUCGCGUUACAUAUCGUUAAUAAGAGAGUGCCUGCGAAUGUUCGCACGUGCGCGUCACGCAAGAUACGCGCGCGUAUGUUAUUUCUUGAAGAUAUGCUGACAACAAAUUUGUAUAUACGUAUACGUAGCGUUUAAGAAGAAGUAUUCAUUAUUUUAGAUUAUAACCGGUGCAAACACCGAACGAGUAAUCCUCCGCGUUGAACGAACCGUGACGAAACGAAUCAUCUUCUUUUGUAUAUAGUUCGCGUUCUAUCCAAUUGAAUUUAACGAAAUAUAUUUAGAUUGUACGAGAUAGAGUAACGAAUCUAAUAGACGCGCGAUAACGUACGCAUAAACACCAAACACCAUUAAAAGUCAGAGACAGAGAAACCGAGGGACGAUGCGACAUUUAUCGCGAAUAUCUGUUCGUUCUAUCGAUUCGUAGCCGUUUCUAAGUUGCGACAAAAAAAAACCAUCGAUCGAGUCGACCGGGAGAUUACAGUUUUUCGUUGAGCAUCGUUCAGACGCGGUCGACUCGAACGAUGGAAGAAGAGGCAACAGACACCGAAUCGUUCCCGACAAUCGUAACUCUUCAUCCGCCAAGAUACUCGAUCGCUGCUCAAUCUUUAUUCGUUCAAACUAUGUAUUGUGCGCACUGGACGCUCUCGUAUUUUUUACUCUUUUCUACCGUCACUGUUUUUACUUUGAACCAUUCAAUCGAUGUGACCCAUUUUUCUGUGUUCCACCUAUUACCUUUAUCGGUCAUCCUCAUCGUCAUCAUUUGUCAUCGUCGUCGCCGUCGUCGUCGUCGAUAUCGCCAUCAUUAUUAUUAUUACCACGAUCACGUGAAACGUAAUCGUUGUAUCGUUAUCGUUAUCGUUAUUACUGUUUCUCGUCGUUUACUCUCCUCGAUACCAUCGUUGCAGACAUUAUUGCUACUGCCAGUAACGUGUCAUCAUUAUAUUAUUAUAUUUUUUACAAAUAAAGAAUAUCCUUGGUGACGAGGUGAAGAAAGGUUGAACAUUA